AUGAUCCGUCGAAUACAAACACGGUUCGACGCGAGCUUGAUUGCUUCAGUAUCAACCCUGGUGAUGAAAUCGUCAACGGAUGUUGUAGUUACUUCUCCUUGCACUUAUUUCGUCCGCCUCCUCACUCGCCGGCCGUUUUGCUCCGUAUCUCCGCUAAUUCGCACUCUACCGGCGGAAGAAUCUGACCCAUCGAGUGUCCCACAACGUCUUCUCUCAAUCAUCUCCAAACCCAAUUGGCAGAGGAAUCCGUCCCUGAAAUCAAUGGUUCCGGCGAUACGCCCUUCUCAUGUCUCAUCACUGUUCUCGCUCGAUCUAGAUCCCAGAACAGCUAUUGAUUUUUCUCAUUGGAUCUCACAGAAUCCGAGAUUCAAGCACAGUGUGUAUUCUUAUGCUUCCCUUCUUACGCUCCUCACCAACAAUGGACAUGUGGGUGGUGUUGUGUUUAAGAUCAGGUCAAUUAUGAUUAAAAGCUGUGAAUCAGUGGGGGACGCUUUGUUUGUUUUGGAUUUUUGUAGGAAGAUGAGUAAAGACGAAAGAUUUGAGCUUAAGUAUAAGCUUGCUGUUGAGUGUUACAACACAUUGUUGAAUUCGUUGGGUAGAUUUGGAUUGGUCGAUGAAAUGGAGAAACUUUUUAUGGAAAUGGUGGAGAAAAAGGUUUAUCCGAAUCUUUACACAUAUAAUAAAAUGGUUGAAGGGUAUUGCAAGGUAGGGAAUGUAGUAGAAGCGAAGCAGUAUGUGAGUAAGAUAGUUGAGGCUGGAUUGGAACCUGAUUUUUUCACAGACACCGCUUUGAUUCUAGGUUAUUGUCGAAGGAAGGAUUUAGAGUCUGCUUUUAAGGUUUUUGAGGAGAUGCCUUUGAAAGGCCUCCGUAGAAAUGAGGUUGCAUACUCUCACCUUAUACAUGGUCUUUGUGUAGCGAGGAGGAUCGGUGAAGCGAUGGACUUGUUUUUGAAAAUGAAGGAAGACGACUGUUAUCCAACAGUUCGUAUUUACACAGUGCUUAUUGAGGCUUUAUGUGGAUCAAAAAGGAAGUCCGAAGCUCUCAACUUGCUAAAGGAGAUGUCACAGAAAGGCAUUAAGCCGAAUAUUCACACUUAUACGGUGCUUAUUCGUAGUGAACAUAAACUCGAUAAAGCAAGAGAGUUGCUUGGUCACAUGCUGGAGAAAGGGUUGAUGCCAAAUGUAGUCGCUUACAAUGCACUGAUUGAUCGGUAUUGUAAGCAGGGGAUGAUGGAAGAUGCGCUAGGCGUUGUGGAGUUGAUGGAAUCACGUAACGUGAGUCCGAAUACACGCACUUACAAUGAAUUGAUACAUGGGUUUUGUAAGAAGAAUGUGCACAGAGCAAUGGGAGUGCUUAAUGAGAUGCUGGAGCGCAGAGUGGUUCCGAGUGUUGUCACUUACAAUUUAUUAAUCGAGGGGCAGUGUAGAUCUGGUAAUAUUGAUAGUGCGUAUAGAUUGCUUAGUUUGAUGAAUGAUAGAGGAUUAGUUCCAGAUCAGCUGACAUAUAAUAGUCUCAUAGAUUCUUUGUGUAAAAGAAAAAGAGUGGAAGAAGCCCGCGAGUUAUUUGAUUCCCUCGAGCAGAAAGGUGUAAGUCCAAAUGUGGUGAUGUACACUGCAUUAAUUGAUGGAUACUGCAAGUCAGAUAAAGUCGAUGAAGCUCAUAUUCUGCUUGAGGAGAUGGUGAGUAAGAAUUGCUUUCCAAAUUCGUUGACUUUUAAUGCCCUGAUUCAUGGGCUAUGUACCAACGGAAAACUGGGAGAAGCGACGUUGUUGGAGGAAAAAAUGGUGAAGAUGGGUCUAGCGCCUACAGUCACUACAGAUACUAUUUUGAUUCAUAGAUUGCUAAAGCAAGGUGAUUUUGAUCAUGCCGAGAGACGUUUUCACCAUAUGUUGAUCUCUGGAACAAAACCUGAUGCGCAUACAUACACAACAUUUAUUCAAAGCUAUUGUAGAGCAGGGAGGCUGCAAGAAGCUGUGGAUAUGAUGGCGAAGAUGAAGGAAGGUGGUGUUUUCCCAGAUUCUAUCACUUAUUCCUCUCUCAUCGAAGGUUAUGGCGAACUAGGGCUGACAGAUGAUGCAUUUGAUGUCCUCAAGCGCAUGCUUGAUGCUGGUUGUGAACCUUCUCAGCAUACGUUCUUGUAUCUGAUCAAACAUCUGGUUGAGAUCAAAAACAGAAAAGAGAAAGGCGGUCCAACAGGACUCUGUCUGAUGUCUAAUAUGAUUGACUUUGAGAUCGUUGUUGAGCUUCUUGAGAAAAUGGUAGAACACGGUGUUACUCCCAACGCAGUAUCCUAUGAAAAGCUGAUCAAAGGUAUCUGCGAGAUUGGGAAUCUAGAAGUUGCAGAAAAGGUGUUUGAUCACAUGCAACAAAAGGAAGGAAUAUCUCCGAGUGAGUCGGUUUUCAAUGCUCUUAUUAGCUGUGGGUGCAAGCUGGAAAACUAUAAGAAAGCAGCAAAGGUUGUAGAUGAUAUGGUUUGUGUUGGUCAUUUACCGGAACUAGAGUCUUGCAAAAUCUUGAUAUGUGGGCUUUAUAAAAAUGGAGAAAAAGAGAGAGGGACUUGUGUUUUCCAGAAUUUGCUUCAAUGUGGUUAUUAUCAUGAUGAAAUAGCUUGGAAGAUCAUUAUUGAUGGUGUCGGGAAGCAGGGACUUGUAGCGGCAUUUUAUGAACUAUUCGAGGUCAUGGAGAAAAAUGGCUGCAAGUUUAGCUCUCAUACAUAUUCACUACUAAUUGAAGGACCUCCUACAUAAAGGGGUUAUUCCCAGAGGCUAAUGCAAAUCGAUGGAAGUUGUUUCUUAAAAAUUGCCUUUUUUGGCCUGGAGAGAAGGCACAGUCCCGUCUCUAACCCAUGGCGGGAGGGGCGGCUGCGUCGAACUGUUAUGUUUUGGCUAGAGAGAGAAGGCCGAUGCUAAGUGAUGCAAUCUUGAUUAACCUGAUGUCGUUUUGAGUAUUUUUCCCAUUUUCCCUUUAAUUCUAUUUAUCUUUUCACACUUCAAUCAGUGUAAAGUAUAUAGAUAGUUAGCUUAGCUUUUCACAGAACUCUAAUUAAUUAAGCAUCCAUAUAAUACAAUGUUGUCAUAAUAAUUUCUAUCC